CGCCGGCGCAGGCGCAGUUAGCUGCCUCGCGCGAGAAGGAAAUGGCGGCCGUUGUCUCGGGCUCAGUCUCGGCGGCGGGUUUGGAAGCCGGCCCCAAAAUGGCGGAGAGCGGAGUUGUUCCCGGAGGCGGCUUGGGUUCGGGUGGGCCGGCGAACGGGGCGGGCAACGGCAUCGCCGACGGAGGCCCCAAGAGUGAAGGCAACUGGCCCAGCCAGAGUGAGAAAAGGAAAGAGAGGAAUGCCAAGCGGGGAGGAGGGAGCCGCUUUGAGCCGUACCCCAGCCCUUCUUCCAAAAGAUACCGAGCCUUCAUCACCAACAUCCCCUUUGACGUCAAGUGGCAGUACCUGAAGGACCUGGUCAAAGAGAAAGUUGGUGAGGUAACAUACGUGGAGCUCUUAAUGGACGCUGAAGGAAAGUCAAGGGGCUGCGCGGUGGUUGAGUUCAAGAUGGAAGAGAGCAUGAAAAAAGCUGUGGAAGUGCUGAACAAGCACAGCCUCAGUGGGAGACCCCUGAAGGUCAAGGAGGAUCCUGACGGCGAGCAUGUCCGAAGAGCUGUGCAGAAGGCCAUGGCAGCCUCUGGGAGUGGGAUGGGCAUCAGCCCUGGCGCCGGCGGGCCUGGCAUGAUUAACAUCCCGCCCAGCAUUCUCAAUAACCCCAAUAUCCCUAACGAGAUCAUCCAUGCCCUGCAGGCUGGCCGGCUGGGCAGUACCGUUUUCGUGGCCAACCUGGAUUACAAGGUUGGCUGGAAGAAGCUGAAGGAAGUUUUCGGCAUGGCCGGCGUGGUCGUCCGAGCGGACAUCCUGGAAGACAAGGACGGGAAGAGCCGGGGGAUCGGCACGGUCACCUUCGAGCAGGCCAUCGAGGCCGUCCAGGCCAUCUCUAUGUUCAACGGGCAGCUGCUCUUUGACAGGCCGAUGCACGUCAAGAUGGAUGAACGGGCGUUGCCAAAGGGAGACUUCUUCCCACCAGAGCGGCCCCAGCAGCUUCCUCAUGGCCUUGGGGGGAUCGGCAUGGGACUGGGGCCGGGAGGAAUACCGAUCGAUGCCAAUCACCUGAACAAAGGCCUGGCCAUGGGCAACCUUGGCCCUGGAGGGAUGGGCAUCGAAGGCUUGGGCUUCGGAAUGAAUAAAAUGGGAGGGAUGGAGGGUCCUUUCAGUGGAAUGGAGAGCAUGGGCCGCUUCCCUUCCGGAAUGAACAUCGGCCGGAUGAGCGAAAUGGACCGUGCCAUCGGUGGGGGGUUCGAAAGAGACUUCCCGAGAAACGAAAUGGGGAUGCCCCGGAGUUUUGGAGACACUCUGGAGAGAGGCAUAGGGGGAGGCGGCGGUGGCGCCACAAUUCCAGCCAUUGACCGGAUGGCUCCGGGACUGGACCGCAUGGCCAGCAGCAUUGACAGGCUCCCCUCCGGCCUAGGCCACGGGAUCGAGCGCUCCGAGAUGGACCGCAUGGGGCUGGUGCUGGACCGCAUGGGCUCCGGAGUAGAUAGGAUGGGAUCGGGCAUCGACCGCAUGGCUCCCUUGGGCUUAGACCACCUGGCCUCCAGCAUCGACCGCAUGGGCCCCGGGAUGGAUCGGAUGGGGGCCGGCCUGGGCUUCGGCCUGGACCGCAUGGGCUCCACCCUCGACCGCGUGGGCAGCGCCAUGGACAGGAUGGGCAGCGGGGUAGACCGGAUGGGGCUGGGCCUGGACCGCAUGGUCCCGGCGGGGAUGGGCCCCGUGAUGGAUAGGAUGCCGGCGGGGCUGGACCGCCUCGGGGCGGCCCCCAUGGACCGCAUGGGGCUGGACCGCUUGGCAGCCCCCAUGGACCGCAUGGGGCUGGACCGGAUGGGCGCGGCCGCGACCAGCAUGGACCGCAUGGGGCCGGCCUUGAGCCAGGGCAUGGGGGCGGGCCUAGACAGGAUAGGACUGCCCAUGGGGAGCACCUUCGAGAGAACCAUGGAGAUGGAGCGCGGGAACUUUGCGGCCGGGAACUUCACCAGCGCCCUGGGAACCGGAGGGCCUGUUGCUGCCGCCGGUGGAAUCGCCAGGAAGGCUUGCCAGAUUUUUGUGAGAAAUCUUCCUUUUGACUUCACAUGGAAAAUGCUGAAGGACAAGUUCAACGAAUGCGGGCACGUGCUCUACGCGGACAUCAAAAUGGAGAACGGGAAGUCCAAAGGCUGCGGAGUGGUCCGGUUCGAGUCCCCCGACGUGGCCGAGCGAGCCUGCCGGAUGAUGAACGGCAUUCAGCUCCGCGGCCGGGAAAUCGAUGUCCGGAUUGACCGAAAUGCUUAAAAAGUCCUCCCUU